UUAUAUUUUGGGAUGGACGGUGGAGAGAAAAUCUGCCUGAUUGAUGAUCCAAUGGCAUCCGGGCCGUAAUAAACGCGUAAGAUCAGGGGCCUGGACUCGAUCGUCAGUGUGUGUGUGCUCGUAGUCGUAUUAAACCCCGACCACGUCGCGCCGCCGCCGGCAAGCCUAGCCACCACCCACAGAUCGGAGAGAGAAAGAGAGAGAGCUUGCUGCUCGACCUCGCCGCGCCGCCGCGAUGAUGCACAUGAGCUUCUACUGGGGCACGUCCGUCACCAUCCUCUUCGACGGCUGGCGCACGUCGGGGUGGCCGGGGUACCUCGCCUCCCUCCUCGCGCUCUUCCUCGCCGCCGCGCUCUACCAGCACCUCGAGGCCCGCCGCGUCCGCCUCAGGGCGGGUCGUCGUCACCGCGCCGGCGGCGGCGGCGGCGCCGCCUCCUCCGCCGCCGGUCCCGUCGUGCCCGCCGCGUCCGACGCGCGCGCCCUGCUGUCCGCCGCGGGGGGCCGCCUCGGCCUCGGCCUCGGCCUCGGCAGGCGGUGGAUGAAGGAGCCCCGGGCUGCUGCUUCCGCGGCGGCGGCGGCGCUGUUCGGCCUGAGCGCCGCGGUCGGGUACCUCCUGAUGCUGGCCGUCAUGUCGUUCAACGGCGGGGUGUUCCUGGCCGUCGUGGCGGGGCUCGCCGCCGGGCACCUGGCGUUCCGCGGCGGCGCGGACGAGGCCGACGGCGGCGUGGGGGACGACGAGCUCGAGAGCCCCUGCGCCUGCGCGUAGGGAUGGUUUUCAUGGUGCUACGUACGUGCCAUGGAGCUAGACAUGGACAUGGUACGGCUGACUCUUGCCCCUUUUAUAUCAGCUUCUUCUAGCUCUUGGUGUUGGCUUCCUGCAGCUAUCAAUCUGUGUAUCAGUGUGUGUAGCCUCUUCAAAUUAAACUUCGUGCCGUUUGUGCGUUGUAUACUUGAUGUAAAUUCAAAUCAUGUGUAUACUUGCAAUUUGACGAA